AUGAAAAAAGAAGAACCAACAGAAAGUACGGUGCAGCAUCCACCUUCGGUACAACCUGAUCUAACAACAACAAGAAGUGGUAGAGCUGUCAAGCCACCGCAGAAACUAGACUUAUAUUUAAUGGAGCUGAGACAGGGGGAUGUGGCAUGUGUGUGGCAGUUUUUUCUUAAACAAAUUGAAUCCGAAGCACGACUUGAGGAAUUCUGUAGUGCAAGACGUUGUCGCAUCCGUACGCAUGUGGUCCUAGAUCUGAAGAAGGCACGGAAAGCGGUGGGAGCUGUGGACGUUGCUCAACUAAUACAACGUUGCCUCAAUUUUCAGGUUCCCUACACGUCUAGUCCGUGUGUUGCGUCAAGAGAGAGCACUCUGCGUUACGACUUUGAUACCAAAGAAGUGGAAGUAUGUGAUGGCAGUGACUGGAAAUCCUUAGGAAGUGGAAGUGGCACCAAAUUGGUUGACAGCAAAUUGGGUAGCAGCAAAGACAACCCUGCGCCUGGAUGCAGACACAUUUUUGAAGCCGGAAUAAAAGUCAGUGGAGUUUAUUGGCUGUUGCCACUUGGUGCAUCGCAACCCUUUCAGGCCUACUGUGAUCAAACAACAGAAGGAGGCGGCUGGAUGUUGCUGUAUGCAUACAAACAUGUAAAACAUGUAAGGGAUCCGGUUGUCGUGAGUCUCCCUACAGAUCCCGAUGGAUAUUCUCAUCAGCUUCUAGUUAAUCUUGGCAUAGAACGAGGUUGGGCUCGUGAGCUGAGGUUCUACUGCUCCACUUCAGCACACAAUCGUGUCAUCCAUUUUAAGACUACCAAUAACAACAUUCUAAACAGCGCGUAUGAUGGCAAACGGCACUACACAGUCAACGAUUGGAAAAGUAAUAAUGCGCUGCUAGCUGGACAUUCCGCUAAUCUUCCUGCUGCAACCACAGAUAUCUACGCUACAGGACAGGCAACUCCAGGAUUUACUGAUUUUCCGUUCUAUAAAUCUGGUAGUUAUCACUGGGGUAUUGCUCCUGGUUUCCACAGAUUUGAAUGCGACGAUUAUGCCGACUUCAACCAAGCAGAUACUCUUCACCGUGUGUUUGUGCGGGAAUGAUUCGAUGAAGCUAAUGAGGAUGCGUGUGCAGCAUGAAACUGAGGUGGUAGUACUACUGGCACUUGUGUUACUCUAUCUAGGCAAUGUUACGCUGUGUUACUCUAAGCUGCCUAGGGUAGGUAUUGUUGUUUGAUGGUAGUAUUGCAUUUACUACGUCUGAGCCGA